CUUACUUGUCAAGUACCCUCUAAAUUGAACUAUGAAUGCACAUUGUCCUUGAGUUCCGCAACUAUUUUUUUUAUUACGCUGUUACUGCGUACUCAGAUAACAAACUAAGUUUUCUCAUAUCGUACAACAAUCAAAGACAGCUACCCGUCAUAAGACGGCAGUAUGUUUCUUUCAGAAAGGAAGGCUAGUCAUUCUCGUGAUACUCAAGGAAAUAUUGUUGGUAUAGACUUUUCGGGUGAUGAUGGUUCGGAUUCUACAUCCAAAGAAUGGGUUUAUACAAGAUGGGCCAAGAUAAUGCUUCGAACAGCUGCUAUGAUCAGUCUAGCAUCAGUUAGUAUGAAUACACCGGAUACAUUUAAACAAGUUCCAGUAUUAAUGUAUAUUACUUUCAUCUUGGAUUUGAUGGUUGCAUUAUUAUUCACAGUGGAAAUGAUUAGCAAAAUGUAUAUUGAAGGCUUAUUUGUUCCUGCAUCAAGUCAGAAUUUGAAUCAACUAAUUCGAACACAAAUUGCUGCCAAGUCAUCUGGUGGCAUUGAUCAGAAACGUAAUCGUGCUUAUUUUCAAAAAUCAUGGAAUUAUUUUGAUGCAUUUAUGUUAUUCUGUAUAUGGUCUUCAUUAGCUUUACAAUGUGUAGAAUUUUAUGUAACAUUUCGUUGUCCAAUUACUAGUAAUGAUGGAGGAAAUAUUACUUACAAUAGUAAUAUCAGUAAAGAUUAUUACUCAUGUCCAAAUAAUGAAAAUUUUCGAAGAAAUUAUGGUUUUUUAAGUAUUAUACGUUGUCCAAGACCAUUGAUACUUAUACGGGUAUUUCGUGCAGUAUUACGACUACAAUUACCUCAAGCACGGGUAAAAGCUAUAUUUCAACGAUCCACACAUCAAGUAUACAAUGUAACAGUAUUUCUACUAUUCUUUAUGUCACUUUAUGGUUUUCUGGGUGUACAAUUUUUCGGUGACGAAUUAAAUUAUCAUUGUGUUUUAAAAACAGCUAAUGAAACAUAUAUUACCAAACAAGAUCUAGCUAUACCAGAUUCAUAUUGUAAUCCAGCCAAAAAUCCUGAUGCUCAAUGUCCUAGUAAUAUGAAAUGUAUAAGAAUUGCUACCUCUAUACAAGAUGAUGGCGGUUAUGCUGGGUUUGAAAGUUUUUAUAUUAGUAUAUUUACAGUAUAUCAAGCUGCUUCUCAAGAAGGUUGGGUCUUCAUUAUGUAUCGUGCUAUGGAUUGUCUUGCAUCAUGGAAAGGAGUUAUUUAUUUUAUGUCUAUGAUCUUUUUAGUUGCAUGGUUAGUUAAGAAUGUAUUUAUUGCUGUGUUAAUUGAAACAUUCGCUGAGAUUAGAGUACAAUUUCAACAAAUGUGGACACCAAGACAUACUGCGGAUGCAGAUUCUUCAAAGAUAUUUCAGUUUGAUGGUUUAACAUGGAAAUUGGUUCCUGUACACGAAAGUAAUCCACGUGGUUUAGCACCAAAAUUUUUUCAAGAAACAAUACUCAGAUCUACUGGAUUCAAUGUAGUUAUCAUGGUCUUAGUGUUGGCUAAUGCAAUCACAGCAGCUGCAUUACAUUUUAAUCAUCAAAGUAUACGAGAUAAUGAUCAUAUGAAGGUUCAAUUAGACGGUUUCUAUUAUGCUGAGGUUUUAUUCACUAUACUGUUCAAUUUUGAAGCUGUUUUUAAAAUUUGGUGUUUAGGAUGGGGUAAUUAUUGGCAUAGAUCAUUGUUUAAAUUUGAAUUAUUUCUUUGUAUUGGUACAACUAUUCAUUGUAUACCAAUAUUGUAUCGUACAGAAUUCACAUUCUUAUCUGUUUUAAGAAUUGUGCGUCUGAUUAAAGCCUCUCCAAUGUUGGAAGACUUUUGUUUCAAGAUAUUUGGACCAGCUAAAAAAUUGGGCAGCUUAAUUUUAUUCACUACAUGUUUCUUAAUAAUUACGUCAACGUUUAGUUUACAGUUAUUUUGUUGCUUUCAAGUAUUUGAACCAACAUUUGAUAGAUUCGCUACAUUUCCAAAGGCAUUUAUGUCAAUGUUUCAAAUACUUACACAAAAAGGUUGGGUUGCUGUUAUGCAUGAUACAAUGGAUGUUGUAGAAAAUGAAGCUGUUACAACAGGAGUAGCAAUUUAUUUUGUAUUUUAUCAUUUAGUUGUAACAUUGAUUGUUCUUAGUUUGUUUGUUGCUGUCAUCUUGGAUAAUUUGGAACUAGAUGAAGAUAUUAAGAAACUAAAACAAUUAAAACUUAGAGAAAUCAGUGCUGAAACACAACAGAAAUUACCUAUGCGUCUUAGAGUAUUUGAAAAGUUCCCAAAUCGUCCACAAAUGUUACAACUUACUCGACUUGUAUCUGAUUUUUUAUUACCAAAAAUUCGUGAUAGUUUUAUGCGUCAAUUUGCUAUUAUAUCAGCACUUGAAGAAGUUGAAGAUGAAACUAUUGAAGAAAUGUUAACAACAAUAACUAAAUCACAAAAAAUAAAAGAACAUAAUCAAUUAAGUAUAAAUUCAUUUUGUAUAAAUUAUUCUAAUAUUAAUUCAAAUUUUAAUCAUUAUAAUGAAUUAACAAAACAAUCAUUACCUAAUCAUACAGAUAUUGAAACAUUAAAAACUAUUAAACGUAAAGUUCAUGGAUUACAUGGUGAAGAGAAAUUUCGUGCAAUUAUUUAUCUUUUAAAUGAAUCAAAUAAAACACGUUUAUUGACUAUUGAAAAAACUUCAAACAUUGGAAAUAGAUCUUUGUUAUCAACUCAACAUCAAAUUCGAUUAGACAGAAGAAGUACAAGAAACAGAGUUGGAAAUCCAGUCGGGACAAAUAAAUCAUUUAGAGCUAAUGGAGAAGUUAGGGGAGGAAAUCCCUCAGUAACACCAGCUCACAAUGCUGAAACACAAACAACUGGGAAUAGAACAAGUCAUGAUGAUAUCAAACUAUUACAACAAAAAGCUCAACUUGCAGAACUUAAAAGAACACAACAAGAAGUUGAACUUAGAGAAAAUCAUCCAUUUUUUGAUCGACCAUUAUUUGUUCUUGGACGUGAAAAUCGUUUUCGGCGAUUAUGUUUAGUACUUGUUGAAGCAAGACAUAAAGCAAAUGAUUCAAUGGAUUCAACAGAUAAUGGAAAUUUUAUACAUAAAUUUCUUGGAUUAGUUACAUAUUUGGAUUGGAUAGCUAUAUUUGUAACAACAUUAUCAUGUGCAUCAAUGUCUUUAGAAACACCACAUUUUAGAUUAAUGAAUACACCAGAAGUUCAAAUAUGUGAAUAUAUAUUUUUCGUUGUCAUGACAUUAGAAAUGACCUUGAAAAUUUUUGCUAAUGGACUGAUAUUUACACCUAAUGCACUUUUAAAAGAUUUUGGUGGAUUCCUAGAUUUAUUUAUUUAUAUAAUCAGUUUGAUUUUUGUCAGUUAUAUGUUACGUGUUGAUGUAAUUGGUCCAGGAUCUGCUGGUCAUUUACUUAUGGUAUUAAGAUGUCUUCGACCAUUAAGAAUAUUUUGUUUAGUUCCACAAAUGCGUCGAGUUGUUUAUGAACUUGUAAGAGGAUUCAGAGAAAUUCUUAUGGUUUCUGUUCUAUUAGUUGUAUUCAUGUUUAUAUUUGCUGUAUAUGGUGUACAUUUAUUCGGUGGACGUUUAGCUAUAUGUAAUGAUAGAAGUAUCAUGACUAAAGAAAAAUGUGUUGGACGUUUUAUGCGUGAAUUAGCUUCAACCAAAUUAAAAAGUGUUAAAGGUGAAUCAAUUAAAAUACUUGUACCAAGAGUAUGGGCUAAUCCAAGAAAUUUCAAUUUUGAUAAUAUUGGUAAUGCCAUAUUAGCAUUAUUUGAAGUAUUAUCACUUGAAGGUUGGGUUGAAAUAAGAGAUGUUAUUAAAGAACGUAUUGGUCCACGACAUGUUAUUUACAUACACUUAUUCGUUUUUAUUGGUUGUCUUAUUGGUUUAACCUUAUUCGUAGGGGUGGUUAUUGCAAAUUACAGUGAAAAUAAGGGUACAGCAUUGCUUACUGUUGAUCAACGUAGAUGGUUAGAUUUGAAAGGGCGUAUAAGAUUAACUCAACCUUUACAAAUUCCCCCACGUCCAAAACUUCAUCAAGAACCUGGUCUAACAAGAAAUAUAGUCAAUCCAAAGUCAAAUAAUUUAGAAAAGAAAAGUUUAAAAUUUCGUUGUUUCAUCUAUGAUAUAACUCAGCAUAUUUUAUUUAAACGUGCUUCAGCAACUCUUGUUGUUGCUAAUUGUUUUCUGCUAUUCUUUCCAUUUAAUGAAUUAGGUACUGAAAGAUCCAGUUGGGUUAAACCAAGAUAUCAAAUUCAAGUUUCAUUAGGUAUUAUAUUUACCUUAUUCUUUUGUAUUGAAUGUUUAUUAAAAAUUAUUGCAUUAAAAUUUGGAGGUUAUUGGCAAUCGAAACGAAAUCGUUUUGAUAUGCUUGUUGCUGUACUUGGUGUAACAUGGAUUAUUUUACAUUUUAUAUUACGACCAAUUCCUGAAAAACAUAUGAUAAGUAAUAAUUUCGGUUGGUUUGUUUUAAUGUUGAGAUUUUUCACAAUUGCUGGAAGGCAUGUUACAUUAAAAAUGUUAAUGUUAACUGUUGUUAUGUCAAUGUAUAAAUCAUUAUUUAUUAUAAUGAGUAUGUUUUUAUUAAUGAUGGUUUAUGCAUUAGCUGGUGUUAUAUUAUUUGGUUCUGUUAAAUAUGGUGAUAAUCUUGGUCGUCAUGCAAAUUUUCAUAAUACAUUUAGAGCUACAGCAUUAUUAACAAGAAUUGUAACAGGUGAAGAUUGGAAUAAAAUUAUGCAUGAUUGUAUGAUACAACCACCCUUUUGUCGAAUGCAUACAACAUUUUGGGAAACAGAUUGUGGAAAUUUUAGAGCUGCAUUAAUAUAUUUUUGUUCAUUCUAUGUUAUUAUUACAUAUGUUAUGUUAAAUGUACUUGUCGCAAUUAUCAUGGAGAAUUUCUCAUUAUUUUAUUCAAACGAUGAAGAUGCUAUAAUGAGUUAUAAUGAUAUACGUAAUUUUCAAUUAGCAUGGAAUAUCAUUGAUGUGAAUAGAAAAGGUGUUGUCAAAGCUUAUUAUGUACGAUUUCUAUUACGUCUUAUACCACGUGAACGAGUUGGUUUUGAUUUAGCUAAAAAGAAAGAUCAACAAUUAUUUAAAGAAAUGUGUUAUGAAGUAGAAACCCUACGUGGUGGUCGUGAUAAAGAUGUUAGUUUCCAUGAUGUUUUAAUGGUUUUAGCUUAUAGAACUGUUGAUAUUACUAAAACUUUACAAUUAGAAGAACUUAUAGCUCGAGAAGAGUUAGAAUAUGCAAUUGAAGAAGAAGUGGCUCGACAAACUAUUGCAGCAUGGAUUGAACGAUGUAUUUUUAGAAAUAGACAGAAACAUGGUCAACUGAAAUUUAAAAUGCAUUCCAAUAUUGAACGUCAAAUAAGUACAACAUUAGAUGACAAUGAUGAUUUCAACAAGAAAAGUGAUUUGAUAAUGAAUAAAAGUGUACGUAUUAAAAAUCAAUCAUCAAACAUCAGUAAAUCUACAUCAUCGCCAUCACCAUCAUCACUUAUAACAAUCACAGUGAAAGAUAAUAAUGGAAAAUCUAUGGAAAAUCCAAUGGAAGCAAGUAAUGAAAGAGCAAAUAAAAUAUUAGCUCCACAAUUGAAAAUGAAUAAGUUAACGAUAAUCACUACGACCACUACUACUACUAUUACUACUACUACAGUAAAUACUACUAAUAUUACUAAAUCAGUAAAUAUAUCUUCAAAACCUACAAUGAUAACUAUUCAUCCUAACAUGACAACAACCACUGUAGUUAUGAAUUCAAAUAUUGUUAAAAAUAAAGAAAUACCUUUUCAACAUCCUAAUGAGCAUACUACAUUCUUAGUACAAAAUGAUUCUGACGAUACUAUACCGAUAGCUACGAAUAUCGAUGGAAAGACUUUCUUUAAAGCUGAUGAUGAUCAAAGUUUCAUCAAUGAAGAAGAAUAUAAUACUGAUUAUCAUCAACCAUUAUUAUUAGAUGAUAAACUCGAUAAGAAAUUAUGCAAUUCUAUUGAUAGUGGAAAUAUUCAUCAUAAUCAUCCAUAUCAAUCACAACGUAAAUCUAUUUCUGGUAGAUCAAGCCUAAGUAAAAUGAAUCAUACUAUUACAACUCCAACAUUUGUUGAUACAUGUUUAAUGAAUGAGAAUGCAACCAAAUUAUAUCCAACUAAAGUCAAUCCAGAAAUAUCUACAUCAAUGGUAGAAGGUAAAAAGUCGAUACAAUCAAUGGAACCUUAUAAAGUAACCAUUAUUGAGAAUCUGAUAGGAUUAGAUGUGGAACAACAUCAACAUGAACAACAACAGCACCUUUUACAGCAUCCUCCAUUAUCACCUAACAAAAUUACAUCACAAACUACUCGUAUCAAACCAACUGUAUUAUCAACAAUUAAAUCUUUAUCAACAUAUAAUAAGUCAAGACAAAGUAUCAUUCAGAAAUUAUCUAAACUACCGGAUGUUGUCGAAGAUUCCGAUGAACAAGGUGAGAAACGUUUAGUUUAUAGUUGUACUACUGAUAAUAAUCAUGAUAAAUGUAAUCAAACAAUGGAAAUGCAUAAUUUGAAAGGUAGUUCAAUUGAAAGAAAAGAUUCUAAUCAUUUUGAUAUUGAUAAUAAUGAUUUUCUAAAUACUGACUAUACUACUACUACUACUACUACUACUAACCUUACUGUUAUUAGUAGUAGUAGUAACAAUAAAAUUCAAGUAAAAACAAAUGAUACUUCACCUAUACACAACGUAAUAAUACCAUUAGAAAAUGAUAUUAUCAGUAAUGACAAUCAAUUAGUUGAUCUUAAAUAUAAAUAUCAUUAUGACAUAGAUUAUAGUAAACAUAUAAAUGAUUCAUGUGAUGAUGUGAAAAAAUGGUGGCGUAGUCAACUUUAUCCAAAUUUACAAACACAACAACAUCAAGUUAAACAAUCAUGGAUACAAUCUAAUAUUCAUCAUAGUAAUUCAGUUACUUCUAUGAAUACUCUCCCUACUCCACCUCCACCUCCUCCUCUUUCCACAACGGUAAUGAAUGAUGAAAUUCUUACAAUAUUAAAUAGUCCUAAAACUAAACAACAAAGAGGACAUAAAAAUCAGCCUAGAAUUAUAUCAUCAUUAGCUAGUAAACGACGUUCAGGUGUAGCUGCUGUCAUUUCACGUCGUCCAUAUCAACAAACAAAAGUAAAUAAUCUAUUUGAUGUUACUAUUGAUGAAUAUACAAAUGAUCAUGUUGACAAUAGUAGUAUUAGUAGUAGUAGUACUACUACUAAUACUACUAUUCAUAAUAACAAUCGUCCUAUGACGACAAGUAAAAGUAAUCGUAUGAAUACAAAAAGAAGUCAUUUAUUACAGUAACAUUAUUGCAUAAUAUUAUACUUAUUGUUUAUAAUAAUCUGAUUUAUAAUAAUAACUUACUUAUGUACUUACCUACGUCUGUCAACCUUCGUGAAGGAGCAUCAACCGUACAUCAGCAUUUAUAAUAAUAAACAAUGAUCAAUAUCACAUUCCUAAUGUUGUCAUGUUUUGUUCAUUGUUUUUAAUUGAUUUAUCAGUUUGUCUGCUUUUGUUGUUGUCAUUUGUUUUCUUACAUAAUAAUGAUAGUAAUGAUGAAACCUUCUAUUAAUGAACUUAGUUUUGUAAAAUGCAAAGAGUUUCAUACCUUGUUUUGAUGUUUUGAGAGUAAUUCUAUAAUAAUAAUAAAUUCAAUUAGUAUUGUUUGUUUG